CGUGACCUUGUUUGGCGCUAAACGGCCUAGACUGGGAAUUCCCAAAAUAUCGGCUCGGUUCGUGAAUCAUAUAAAAAGAUUGCGUGGUUGUUUUACUCACAAAGGGCCAAUUAAUACUCCCAAACCACUGGAAUGGUUUACAUGUAUUGACCAAAGAUCGUGUCAAGAUGAGAAUUGUGGCUGCACUGUUGGUGAUCCUUCGUACUCUGGACAGGAUACCCGGAUUCUCACAGCAGAAUAUCGAGGGAGGUAUGCCAGUGAAGGGCAGCGAUAUGAAUGUUUCAAUUGGGAGAGAGAAAAGAAGUGAUGCAGCUGAGAGUCCACUGUACGUUAGUGAACGCAAGGCCUACCUCCAAACUGACCACGCCUACCACCUUCCAUGCGCAGUCAUUCGACCUGAUGAGUCGGUAUCAAUCGUCUUCUGGUUUAAAGGAGAGAGUCUGGACGCCGCCUUACGAACGCUCAUCCUCCGCCAGUCGUAUCCAAACGAUGGUCUGAACUUUGCAGAGGAUGACCGGUACCAGAUUUCGACUUCCUACGGAAUCAUCAUUGAUCCGGUGAACUCGAAUGACACCGAUUGGUAUUGGUGUAAAACCGUGCGGAAAUCUACCAAUCAAAUUGUGGAAGACUAUCUGGAUGUAACAGUGUUAGACACCACAUUUCCUAGAGAAAGUGAAUCCACAGCCAGCAAUGUAACCACCCUUCAAAGUCAUGAAGGUGACAACAUCGUGAAAUGUCCAGUUCUUGCAGAGGCACCGGCCAUGACCGACAUCACACUCUACUGGUCAGUUUACAAUGACACGACCAAAAAUCAUGAUAUCAUCUUCGCCAUGUUUUCUGGGGGCGAGAGGCUCACGUUUCACAACUACGAGGAAGUUGGCAGUAAUGGAUUAGCGGUGGAUGAGUUCGAGAGACGAGAGGAGCGAUACUGCUGCCAUGUUUUCGAAAAAAGCAUGGACCUAAGGACAGGCUGCGUCCGAGUUACUUGGUUAGCUGAAGCAAAGCAGCAGUAUCCCUCGAUAUCUGGAUGUGAGUCAACGGACCAGAAAAGAUGUGAUCUGACCCUUACACUCGAGAGAGACUGCGCACGGUAUGAUUGCUCCAUCCGUGACGUCUACCCCCAGCCCGCCCUCAAUUGGUCACUUGUGAACUGCGAGGAGGACGGCACACCCACUUUCGUCCAGACCGAGUCUUCGACGUACUUUUCAAGUGGUCAGAGUUAUGAUGUGACGUCUAGGCUCUACAUUGUAGAGGCUGUAUUCAAGGGAGAGUGUGAAUUCUCGUGCAGUGCCUACGGCGACGCCAUUAAUGGCCAGACUUCUAAGUCAGAUGUCUACAUUACACGUGAUGACAGUGUAGCUACCACAUCAGCUUCCCCGGUGACACCAAGUAAUCAGGCUGACUGCGACUGCAAGUGGACCAUGGUUAUUUUUCUCACUUUUAUAAUGGCUUUCCUGAUUCAUCUUCUCAUCUUCUGGUUUAUUCUGAUCUUCCCGAGGAAUCGGAGAUUCAUCAAGACUCACAUCGAUGACCUCGCUACAUUCCCCUGUCAACGAAAGGGCGAGGAAGUAACAGACCUGGAGAUGGCCAAUACGAAACAAGAUACAUGUGCUGAUUCCGAUGAGAAUGUGCUAAGCGCAAAACUGGACUCCAUGUCCUCAACUGAGGACAAUACUGAAGCUCAGACAGAAAUUUCGCCCAUGCUGACGAAGGAAACCGAAGAAAGAGGUGUAUCGGACGGGGCAGAAGAAGGUCCUUUGUGUCUUGUGAUCAGAGGAGAUUCCGACAUCCUUAUAACAGACAGUAAAAACAAAUGGCGACCAAUGGGCGAGUUUGUCACCCAGUCUGCUUUGGAUGACAACAAUGGAAGUGGCUUCCAGGCUAUCAAAGACGUCGUCUGUGCCCAAGAUGGCGGCCUGUUUGUCAUCGAUGCACAAGGCUUGCAUCGCUUUAACUCGGACUACACUCACCGCUUUAUUGACUUGUACCAAUCAUUCUCCGACGAGGGCUACUGUAGUGUUACCUAUCAUACCGCCAAUAGGCUUCUGUUUGGGUUAAGUAGAGGUAAGCUUGUUGAUUACGAUAUUCAUAAUCGACAGACCACUAACUUCGGCUCAGUGACGCGGGUAAGACAUACAGAUGUCCAGCUGUCUGAUAUGUCGGUUGAUAGUCUGGGGUUCGUGUUUGCGGGGGACAGAAACGGGAAGGCGGUCUCCAUGUUUGAUAACGGAGGCGGCUGCCUGACGCGCAUGGAAAUCGGCAUGGAGCCGGCGUUCUUGCACGCGCAUGCGCGCCACGAGUCACAGAGCUUGUUCGUCAGCUCUGGCGUGGCGGUCAAGAAGUACAAUAUCGUGAAGAGCAGCACGAACAGCAAGAUUCUCCCUCAGAUUAGGUUCACGAUUGACGCAGAUUUAUUGGGAGUGGAAAACUUCCACUCUGGCUACGUCACGGUGCAGGAGAACAAACUGUUUGUGGUGAACCACCUCGAAGUCGGUGAGUGUUUGCAGAUUUUGGAACUUGACGCCGGGAAAGGAACGCAGGAGCAUAGUAUCAUCGUUGAGACGCUUGGUCUUCGUGGGGUAAAGUUCAUAGACAGAGACAGAAUGGUGGUAUAUACGGACGAUUCAGUGUAUCUCUUUGAGAGGAGUAUCAAUUCCGAAUAAUUCCUCAGUCGUAGAUUGAAAGCGUGACACGACAAAGCCUACAAUUGCUUCAUUGCAGCUUGCUUUUAUAUAAAUCUGUACUUUUUAUGGAUGCCUUUAGAUGGUGUAUAUCUUUAUGAUUAACCUUUGUACGUGUAUUUUUGCAGUAAUAUAUUAAUCGGCACUGCAAAUCAAACAAUGUGCUUUAUAGCCAAAAUAUACACAUGUAUAUUAUUAUCCUGAAAUAGUUGUAAUCAAUAAUCGUACCUUUUGCUUAUGUUUUUGCUAUGAUGGUGUAUAUCCGUAUGAUUUUUAAUUCAAGGUUGAUAUCUAUAUUAAUAUCUACCUUUCCUUAUUUUCCCUUAGAGUCCCUAAUCAGAAGACUCGACUCGAGUUAAGGCUAAUAAGACUCGAGUCUCAAAAAAUAAAAGCAAAACUUUGCGAAAGAUAUUUGCAAUGACUUACUGUAGGGCAAAAUGUAUGUUGACGUCACUUUAAGAAUACCGUGCGUUACAGUGGCCGCUUGUCGUUGAUGGCGAUUUAACCGUACUAGUUUGUUUUACAUACAGCAAUGUUGUAAUCAUGUAGUUUUAUGUGUUUACUUUAGCACCAUACUGCUUUUGAUUUUGAAUUGUAGUAUGAGCUGUAGGCCUGAUUUUAUCGUUCAAAUCAAUUGUUAUUGUAACCACGACUGCAUGUAUGCAAACAUAUAUUAUCGAUUCCGAACUUAACCGUAUUUGCAUAUGAUGCAUAUUUUGUAUCAGAUGAUUUUCAUGCAUGUUUGCAUUGUGUAAACGAGGAUUUUUUAUUUAAUUUGAAUAUUUGGUGACGGCUUGCGAAUAUUUUACAGGCCUCCAACAUGUGCUCCUAAUAUUAAAGGGUCCAUGAGGUAAAUUUUUAGUGCAAUUUUCUACUCCUUAAAAAUAUGAAAACUAUUUGACACCCUUUUUUGUAAAUUUUAUUGAAAAGUGAACCACGUAAAGUAUUUAGAAUGCUUUUCCGGACAACUGAGGGCGUUGUCGCUGUGAUGUCAUUGCAGGCAGACAUUGUUCUGAUUAGGGUUUUUCUGCUCAAAUUGUUAACCCCAACAUCUGCUCAUUCAAAACAUUUGAGAUGAAGGUUUGCUCAUCGGCUUACUGCCAUUUACUGACACAAAACCGAAUUACCAAAGACAAUUGGAAAUUCACUUUUGGUGCAAAAAUAACUGUAACAUGGAUUUUUCUGCCUGAAGUGCCAUCGCACAUUU